AUGGUCACAAUAUUUCUACUGAGUACUGGUUCAUUUUUCAGCAAAUUCGUGACCUACCUUUGUCUUCUUUUCUUCGUCCUUCUUCUUUCACUGAAGUUAGACGAGAAGAUCAAAGUGGGAUAUGCUAUCAUAUUCCUCCCAAUAUGGAUCUACAAUAUUCUUAUCUUUGCCGGUGCUCUAGUUGGAGUGGUGUCGUUUUUGUCCAGGCCACCAUCACAAAAUGAUGUGGUUUUACGUGUGGAUUUUACUGCAAUGCAAUUAACAACAAUAGAACAUUCAUUUUUGUUUAUUUUCGCUCUGCUUACCUAUUGCAAGCUGGAAUUGUCAGUGUUCUUUCGGAACAAUCUCGAACUCCACUGGAUAAUUGUAUUUUCUCCAUUAUUCGCUCUAUCUAUUGCAUCAAUUGGGGUCGUAGUGUGGGCGAUGCGAAGAGACAAAUCAUUUGAGGUAAUGAAUUCGUUUUUCUGGAGCUUUUCUCAUGGGAACGUUUUUCAGUUAGAAUUAUUCUUUGCGAUCAAUAUUGUACAACUUUUCUUCCUCGCUUUCAAACUCGAUGAUUUGGUGAAUUGGUCAUGGGCCGUAGUCUUUAUUCCACUGUGGGUGGUGUUAUCAUUGUCAGCAGUUGGAGUACUAUAUGCUCUCGUUCUCUCUAUUGUAUUGGCCAGAUCACGUCAUUUGAUUCCUUCGCACAGGAGGCAGCAUGUCACUUCUGCUCUCUUCCAUGCCUGCCUCGUAGUACCUGCUCUCAUUUGCAUGGUACUACUGACUGGAAAACUGGACGCGACAGAAUGGGGUGACAACGAUCCUGCGGCUGAUAUGCCUUACACAGUCGUGUUCUCUCCUCUUCUUGUUUCCCUACUUUGUCUGGUACUCAUGUCAUGUGUCCAGGGGGGAGGCAACGUUUGGUGGUUUGGACUUCGCCAACCAUUCUGCACCGCUCUCCUUGAAGCGUGCCCCUGUUUGAAACAGUAUGCCAACGUGAGUUUUUAA